AUGCCGUGGCUGUUUGCGCGACGAAGCGGAAAGGCCGCCAAAUUAAAAGAGGGUCGAUCCGCUGCCGUCGCUGACAGGAGCCGGCAUGUCACCGACCAAACCAGCACCGCGAAACCCAGCGAUGGCCUGCUCACAGGGCCCAGCCAGCGCAGCCGCCGCCGCAAAAGGGCCAGUUCGCGCUCCACCGCCUCCCUGCGCCAGCUCGACAAGAAGCCGCCCGACUACCUACUGCCCCCCUCGAGUGUCGAAGACAUCACCGCCCUCCCUCUCCAACGCUGCCUCGAGAACAGCCCCCACCUGCGUCCAGUCACCCAGGAGCCCGGCGCCAUCCCAUACAACUUCCAUUCCGCCUCGCACGCGAGCCUGCCACCCUCUGCGCGCGAUCGCGGAAAACUCCAGCGGCCCCAGUCAUUGCGCAGGGAUCCUGCCCCCGACUCCUCCCUAGUCCGCCGAAAAUCCAGCAAGAAGCGAAAGGACCAUGACCACGUCCGCGAAGAGGAAAUCCGCGCCAUGAGCUUCCCAAUGCCACAGAAGCGACCCGCAGCCAACUCCGGCGGCAUGCUGCGAAGAGACAGCAAGAAGGUCAAAGGUGCACUGAACCAUCGUUUCGAGCGCCCCACCUCAAACGUAUCCCUCCCCCUCCAAGACUCGAUACACUCGUCCAUGUCUGGAAACUCGGACCUCCGCGCCUUCCGCGUGAGCGCCCUCGACAUGUUCUCGCCACGGCCCACGAUCCGGUUUUCCCUUGGCUCACAGCAUUAUGGAGAACGCACGUCGCCCAAUACCUACAGCGAGAAGACCGACUUGCGACGAGAACGAAGGCCCAUCAGCAGCGGAGACGACAAGCAGAGCAAGAGGUCGAGCAGGAUCGAUGAUCUUGCGGACACGCUUGAUGCCGGGGCACUGCGCGAGAUUUUAGAGAGAGACAAGAGGCGGAGAGAGAAAAAGGCCAAAGCCGACGACGAACGUCUCCGACGCAGGUUGGAACGACGGGCAGAGAAACAGCAUGCUGCCGAAGUGGGCGGCACACCUGCCACACCUCGCAGGGAAGCCAUGGGCGUCGUUGGCUUGGGCAUUGACAAGGCGCCGCCGACACCCAUGGAAGAUGUGCGCCCAUCAACACCACCACAGCCGCAGUGGGUGGAGACGCUUCCCGUAACUCCCAGCGGACAGGACAACACCCAGUUACCCUCCCCACUAGAUAGCCCCAUUGAGGAGCCGGUGGUAUCGGAUGCUCGAGCGAUUCGCUAUUCGCGUGGUAGCAUCAUCUCUGGGCCGGUCCACACCCGGGGGCCCUCGAAUGUCUCACAGCUACCAGAGCUAAUCUCGGAGAAACAGGCCCAGGAAACCCAUCUUGCCUUCAUAGAGCAAGCACACGAUCCCACACGAAGCGGCUCGUUGCAUCCCGUUGACACGGUCGACACCACAGCGACUUCGAAACGAGGCUCCAUGUCAGCCCGCCGGCGCAGCUCCGAAGGACGACGCAUGGGCGUCUUUGCAUCCUUCUUUCGACGAGGCAAACGCAACUCGCAAGACCAGGGACGAACCACUCCGUCGGAAAUCUCCUUCUCCAACACGUCACGCGAGUCCAUGUCUCGUCAGCCCCUUCCUGCUCAUUUGGUCGGCACUUCGCCCGCCACACCUCCCAUCCAAAUCCGAAGACCUUCUAGCGUACCGCGACGAACCAUGUCAAAGUUUAGAGAAGAUCUGCCUGAAUUUCCACUUUCACCACCCGACUCGCGCGUGCAGUCGCCAGAAGUACCCUCGACCAGCGCCAUCGCCGCGCGCCGAAGAAGUCAGGUGCCAUCGGAUCUUCGGGUCCAAUCGGUAAGCUCACAAACUGGAGCUCGCUCAGAUUCACCCGUCAGCCCAGGCGCACCGGUUGGCAACAUCAUGUCACGAUCUCUCGCUUCAGUCGACUCUGAAGGCUCAUGGCUCUCUGGAAAGCCGAUAAAGCGAGCAUCCAACCGAUCCCAAAUGCGCUUGAGCAUAGCUUCGUCGGCCGUGCAGCCCAAUCCAGACUUUAACAAUUCCUAUGAGGAGCUUGGCAUGGCUGACGAUGAAUAUUUUAAAAGGUUGACUCCACAACCAGACGAGCGACGUAGAUCCGGGCACUCGAGUGACAUACUGGGCAGGAAAGCAAGCAGCUCCUUGAUGGCACUCGAAGUCGCCGCCGAAUCCGACGAAGAGGUAGAACCUAUAGAACCUACGUCUGCUCGGAUACCAUCUGACACGCACGAGGAGCUCGUUCACACCGUUAUUGGCCGCCAACCUACCAUCAUACACCGCCAGCCUCGCGUCAAGUCUACCGAAGGUCUUUUAAGCAUGUACACUGAUGACAAACCAUCUCUUCAAGAGAACACUUCCAGAGUCUCUGGUGCAGAACCCGCCACCCCAGAGUCACCCUCAUCGGAAACCGAGCCCGUCUUGAUACAACGCGCAAAAAGCGUGGAUCUCGGGAAGCAGCACACUCGGCAUCUCAGUGCAGGCUCGGCCAAACUUUUGGAUAUCCACAAACGAUCGAGCGCAACCUCACACAGCAGAAUGUCGGAACAUGAGUAA